AUAUAGGAACUACUUAAACAGCGACUGUUUUACCCGGAACUUUAUAACCGACGGACCAUGAAAACAAGCAGCUGAUCAAAUGAUCUCUGUUCUGUUUCAGUUCGUGUAUUUAGUGGGUUAUUGUUGACGUUAGUAUUGCCAUUAUCGUUUGUUAAUGCUCAGUCUCUAUAAGCAUCGAAACCCAGUCAAUUUGUUGAUCUAAAGCAUCUAAAAUGACAUCUAAACCUACAUGUCUGAUUGUGGCCAGUGCUGCAUCUGCAGGAGUUUCAGCGCGGUCGUUCCAUCAGUGUUUUAAUUUGUGCAGUUCAGUGUUUAACAUGCAGACAGCGACACCUGGCGGGAAGUCGAUCGACUUUACCGGUGUGGAUGACAGCACAGCCCGAUGGGUGCAAGAGUUCAGCGUCAAACCCUACGCAAACCCGGCCAAGCUGGAGUCUAUCGAUGGUGCACGCUAUCAGGCACUGCUGAUCCCCGACUGUCCGGGAGCCCUGAAUGAUCUUGCCCACAGCGGAUCCCUCGCACGAAUCCUGUCCCACUUCAUUUCUCAUCAAAAGCCUGUGUGUGCUGUGGGACAGGGAGUAGCUGCUCUGUGCUGCGCUACAGAGGAACAGAAAUGGAUAUUUAGUGGCUACAGCAUGACUGGGCCCUCUGUGUUUGAGCUGGUACGUUCUCCUGAAUUUGCCAACCUGCCUCUGAUUGUGGAGGAUUUCAUCAAAGACAAUGGUGGAUCUUAUACAGCGAGCAUCGAGGACGCCGUUCACGUGGUUCUGGACCGCCAUCUUGUAACGGGCCAAAAUGUUCAGUCCACGUCAGCGGCCGUCAAUAACCUGAUUCUGCUGUGCAACAUCAGAUAAACCCUUCACCUGUUCAGAAGGGAACGACCAAGGGACCACACCAACGAAAUGUGAACCAGACGUCUUUUAGAAAUGGCUGUUUAAAGCACAUUCACAAAUAUGAAAAUCAUGCCAAGAUUACACUCCCAAUGU